AAUAUUUCCAAAAUACUAUGAACCUUUCUAGAAGUUUCUUAAAAUUAAAAUUUUUUGACGGCAAAGUUAUAAAUUUGAACUUCUGUAUCAUUCGGUUUAAAUUUUGAAGUGACGUCUUAAGUAUUUUAAAAAAAAGCUCGUAGAAAGAUUAAACUCGAAAAAAUGUCUUUAUGGCAUGUACCUGUCCAUGAAUGUGUCUCAACAGAUCCAUUUUUAGAUGAUAUACUGGAAAUGACUUUUCCCCCUCUUAGAUAUUCUCCACUGUUUAAUGAUAGACAUAUUCGAAAAUCAAUUAAAGAGCAUGAUCGACUAUACAGAGAUUUAGUUGGCCAUUCUCCCUAUGCAUCUCGUAAGAGAAAGGCUCCCAAAAAGGGUGGUUUUAUCGUAAAUCUAGAUGUUAAGCAUUAUAAGCCAGAAGAAGUUUCUCUUAAAGUAGAAGGACAAGUUCUUGAGGUAUGUGGAAAGCAUCGUAAUGAAAACGAGAAUGGAUUUGAAUCUAGUGAAUUUCACAGAAAGUACACUAUUCCCGAUGAUGUUGAUCCAACCGCAAUUACUUCUAAUAUUAGUCAAGAUGGUAUUUUACACAUAGAAGCUCCUAAAAAACACCCUGUAAAAUCAGAUACUAAUGAAUCAACAAAAGAGAAUUUUAGAUAUAGUUUAGAUGUACAAGGUUUUAAACCAGAGGAAAUUUCAAUUCAAGUUAAAGGUAGAGAUUUAGUUGUUCAUGGUGAAAAUAAAACUGAAAACAGUGGUGAGCAUGGUCUAAGUUUCCAUCACAAGCAGUUUACUCGAAACAUAUCUUUACCAGAUGAUGUUGAUCCGACUCAUUUAAGUUCUCGCUAUACUAAAGACUGUAAGUUGACUAUUGAAGCUCCACGAAGUCUUCCUCAACCUCCACUCAAACUUGAGGUCAAAAUGGAAGAAUAGAACAAACUGAAACCACUGAAAACAAUAUUUUAUUUAUUUCAUAAUAGUUGUUAAUGUAAUAUACUAAUACCAAAUUGUAUUUUCUAUUUAAAUAAAAAUUUAUUAAAUUUAAUUUUGUAA